AUGGAUAACUUAUUGAAUCAAAAAAACCACGACAUUGUUUUAGUCGCUCCAGGAAAUUCUGUUAAUAUAGAAGUUCCCACUGUCAAUAUUGAUACGAACCAAGAAAAUAAUGGUAUCAAUGACUCGAAUGUUGAAGAGGCAAAUAUUUAUCUCUCACAAUUGAAGCUUAAUGAUGCUCCUGGGGAAGAACAACGCCAAGGAGAAAUAUACUUAACAAAAUUGAAGCAGCAGGCUGCGGAAAACAAAAUUGGAACUACGCUACACCACCAAUUGUUAAGGGAUUCUACAAUUCAAGUGAGAGAAAACGUUGAUCAUAUCAAUCAAUACCUUUUUCUUGAUGAAAAUGGACAACCACAGGAAGCAGGCAACGUAACUUUUGAUUUUGGAAAUCCUGCUCUUAACCAAAUGUAUGCAUUAAUAAGAAGAGACUUGAAUGCACAAACGAAUCGGAUAGACCAAAAAUUUAGUGGUAUGGAAAGACUCAUUAUGAGUGAACGAAAUAGGUCAAAGAAUAAGCUCUUGGCAUCUGGAGGUGACGUUAACUCGCCAAAUGCUUAUCUUCCUAUUUGUAAUGAUCGUGGACAAUACCCUAAUGAUGGUGGUCUCGAACCAUUAACGUCGCUUGAUAAAAUUAAUCGAAUGAAUGGAAUAUUAACUGAUCGGUAUUUAAGCUUUUACCAACUUGGCACCACUCGUCUAGUUUCAGAAAAGAAAGCCAGAUUAAUGGAAUAUAUUGGAAUUCAUGAAAGAAUUGUCGUGAAUUCGGUACGCGGUGCACCACCGGUCUGA